AUGCCACCCAAGCCCCAGAACCCUAGAAAGGCAAAGCUUUUCAGUAGUCGAACCAUCAGAACCCAGACUAAUGAUCCAAGUGUCAAAGAAGGUCUCUUAGACAUCCACGAGUAUGUGGCAUCGCGAGAGUUUGAGAUUAGGUCAAUGGAACUGUCUCAAAUCAACACGAAAAACGCCCUGUCCACCCGAGUUUUCCAGAACUUGCCAAGAGUUCUUCGAAGAAGAACGGCGUCUCAUAACGUGAAAAGAAUUCCAAAGCGAUUGCGUGCCAAAGCGUUGCGGGAAAUGCAAAAUAGUGUCAAUGGAGUACCAGCAAGAAAACCUCACCUCAGAGGCCGGGAAUUACACAGGGUCAAAAUGCAAAUAAAGAUGCUCAAGCUUUCAAGGUCCAUUAAGGAGCUAGGUUCACUCCCCAAAGUUGACGGUGUCACCAAAAAGGAAAAGCUUGCGGCCUUGAACAAGCAAGUGAGAGAGUUGUCCAAGACCAAGCGGAGGGCAUUAAAUAAUGGUGUGGGUGCCUAUGACAAUAGUUCAGAGGGCAAACUUGCCGAGAAGCCAAAGGGAAACAUAAGAUAUAGUCAUAGACAGAAGGAUUACGUGUGGUUACCCACGCACGUAUGGCAUGCUAAAAGAUUCCAUAUGAUGAAGAAUUGGGGCUUCCAGAUCCCCAUGAGCCCAAACCAGAAGUGUUUCCGUGCCACUAGUAGGGCUGCUAAGCUGACAUGCCUUGCGUACGAGACAUCUUACUUUGGUGAGUUGAUUGUUCAGUGCUUAUCUCGUGACAAGCUUGAAGACUUGGUGCUGACUUUCUCCAAGUACGAAUCUCCACUUCCGCCAUGGAUCUUGAACGGCUCAAGAGUAUAUGAUGACUGGAUCUAUUGCGAUGGCAAGAAGGUGUGCGUGGGGUCUCUCGUUGUAAAUCCUGAAAAGUUCGACAUAAUGAUCCGAGUGCAUGCCAGCAUCUACGAGGAGUUCUUCCACAAGGUAUUGCAGUGGGCUGCCGGCGAUGUCAAGGUCAUAGACACCAGAUUUGCACUUGGAAGCAUACAAGUCUAUGGUCCCACAGCGUUGCAUCUGUUGUCGAAGGUGUUGCACCUUGAAGAUGUCUCCUCCACCACGCAACAGGCAUGGAAGCUCUGCUCUCAGGCUAACGACGCACAAAAUAUUCCUCUGGGAACUGCAUUUUCUUUUUUUGUCAAGGAUCCGAGGUUCUGGAAGCAUCCUGUUUCUCCCCCGUAUUCAAAAGGAGACAUUAAUGACAUCUUGAUGCAACGGAAGUCUUUCUUGGACGCUGGAGCACUUAAUGCGCUUCUUCUGUCGGAGGGACGCACAGAUUCAUAUAAGGAUAUGUUUUCCUUGAAACAAUUGGGAAAGCAAUUUUCUUUGCAUGAUGACGCCUCGCCAAAAGUGCAUGGUUCCAGCAAAUUUCCCGUUCUUAUCUACAAGUUAAAGGAUGGAGCGUGGUGUAUCAACAUGCCAUGGUUCUGGAUAGUGCCACUUUGGAGCAAACUUGUCCAGGUCAAAAGCAUCAAGAUUGGGGGCUCCAGACAGCUUCAUCAAGUCAAUUUUGAGAACGGCUUACCCACUUUCCCCAAUGACUAUCCAUUCUUACCUGAAGGCUACAAGAUGUACUUAUUAAGGCAAAAAGCUGCAGAUCUCGCCCGAGAAAAAUUGCCAGCCAGCAAGAGGACACCGCUCGACAUCGAGGGACCGCUCAAAAGCGGAUGUGAUUGGUUUUUUCUCCGCAAAUGGAUCUUUGGCUUGUCAAUUGUGGAUAAAUCUCGUAAGGGGCCCGAUUUUGGUGAGUUUGCCGGAGAUACCACGCGAAAAAUUAAUUCUCCAGAUGAUUUGGCAAAGGUCAUUGCCGAUUCUAGAGAUUUAGACGGAGGGUUGAAUAUGUGCGCUCCUCUUCCAAUUACCCCCUUCUCCAGAUCAGACCCAGUGCACGUUGCCAUUGCUGCUGGCACUUUCAAGCCAGACAUCACUAAGUUUCCUGCCCUUCCCGUCGUCCAGGUCCAGGUCGAAUUGACCGGAAAGGGUAGUUUAUCCGAUAAUUCUCGAAUUUACGAAGAUGCUGGUGAUGCCAAGCUUAUUAAUCUAAUUGGUUUUGUCACCACUGGCUCCUUCAACUUAAAUCAAGGUGGGCCAAGUGGAAUAGCAGUUAUUAGCGCACAUUACCAGGGCAAAAAGGUAAAGAUCCGGAAUGUCGCAUGUACAAACUUCUACUCGGGAAAAAUUACAAAAAUAUAG